ACGCUUUGUAACGCUGCCGUGUUGAGGACAUUUGCAGAGGAGCACUCACUUUAAACUUUAUACUUAGGUUUAACUGAGCUCGAGUUGGUGUUGCCUCGUGUUUCCAGUUCGCUCCCACGUUUGUUUUGUUUUUAUUUUCCGUUUUCCUCCCCAGCACUUUAUGUUUGCUUCUCCAUGUCACACGUGAAACGGCACCUGAACGACUAGCGGCUCGGUUUGCUGGUUGACGCGGGUCUGCUGCUGUCAAAGCCCCGCUGACAUGGAUCUGUCGCACCGAGGACGGACGGACUGACGAGUUUCCAUCAUUCUCCAGCUGUUAAACAACCACCGGUUUGGCAGCAACAGAACUUUAAACCAACUGCUAGGACGUUUUCAACAAGUAGUUCGUAACUUACUGCGCGAAAGUCAUGCAGAAGUUCAACAACUCCACCGGCACCCACAACAACACGCUGCCCCGGGACGCAGAGCUGCAGCUGCGGUUAUCAGACAGCGGAGGGUCCGCGGAACCCGGGAUGGAAAACGGUUCUGGGAAACAUUACCUCCGCCAACCGGAGGAGGAGAACUCCUUCUGGACCAAGAAGAAGAUGCUUGUCGGUUUGGACCUAAUUUGUCUCUGUAUCGCCUCCAUUCCAUUCUUUGCAUGUGAGUUGAAGGCAGUGACUGCGUACAAACGAGGCUUCUUCUGCGGAGACUCCAGCAUCACCUACCCCUACAUUGAGAGAGAAGCCAUCCCUGACAGCCUACUCAUCGCUGGUGGUAUAGUCAUUACUGGCCUAACGAUUGCACUAGGGGAAUGCUAUCGGGUACGUUUCCGAGGUGUGCACUCACGGGCUUUUGUUAGAAACCGCUACGUGUCGUGCCUGUACAAGGAACUGGGAAGCUUCCUGUUUGGUUGCUGUGUGGGUCAGUCUCUCACCAAUAUGGCCAAACUAAGCGUGGGACGCUUGCGACCCAACUUCCUGUCUGUCUGUAACAUCACCUAUGCCUCCAUCAACUGCUCUCCGGGCAGCUAUGUGGCCGAGCCCAACUGCAAACAAACUAAUCAGAAGAUGGUGGAGGAAGCAAGGAAGUCUUUUUUUUCUGGCCAUGCCUCCUUUGCAAUGUACACCAUGCUUUAUCUGGCAUUCUACCUACAGGCACGGUUGUCAUGGCGAGGGGCACGCCUAUUGCGCCCACUAAUACAAUUCCUCUUAGUGAUGAUCGCCAUCUACACGGGCCUGAGCCGCAUCUCUGACUACCGUCACCACCCCACUGACGUCCUCACAGGCUUCAUCCAAGGAGGACUCACUGCGUACUGGGUGGCCUUCUACAUCUCCUCCAUGUUUAAGCCCUGCGCCCGUCCAGACCUGUCUCCCACCAGCAUGUCCCUGGAGAGUCCACUGUCCAGCCAGCAGACUGUCUGUUAGCAGACACACGCAGUCAUUCCAGGAAUGAGAUGACGAGGGGAGAUGGACUGCAGAAAGACAAGAAGAAUGUCAGAUAGCACAAGUGAGCAGUGGAGGAAUUCUUUAGAAAGGGAACCAUUAUAAUAGAGGUGUACAAUUAAAAGAGAUGGAGUACAAUCUACACGUGCUGGCUCUUUUGAGCAUAGUGACACACACCCACACACACACACACACACAGCACAGUAAUCAACAUGUGAAAAACAAAAAGCACAUAUGACUGUGAGUCAAACCCGUCCAGUGAAAAGAACUGCAUAGUAAUAUUACAGAUAUUUUUAUAUAUGAAAAAGAGGAAAAAAAAAAAAAAAACUUUUAUUUUUCAAGAGGAUUUUUUUUAGAAGCUGCUAAUGUUGAUAGUUGCCAGUUUGAACUUGUUUUCUUCUGUGAUGGCGGCAUUUCUGUCAGUGCAUGUGAUGAGCUUUCAUAGCGGAACUGGUCACUCGUUGGUCUUGAGUGGCAGAGAGGAGAAACAUUCUCCGGUACUCUGCUCCGCUUUGACAACCUGACCCAGCAGCUGUGAACUGAGACCUUAAGACCUCAGAUAUAAAGACAGCACUGGCUUAAACUUCUAACCGAUUUUACCUUCAGUGAUGUGAUGUGUCACUGCUCUAAUCAGCCUGCCCUGCAUCACUACGUCUUAAACAAUAACUUGUAUGUAAGAAGAAAAACAAAACAAAACACUACUUGUGCUGUAAUACAAUGUUAUCUUCCUUUUUUUUUGAGUAACCAUGGCAGUGUGAGGGAGGAAUCAGGUAACUCCUCCUCCCUUCCACUCCCUGUUUUUCUGUACUAACCACUUUGACUGUGUCUCAGAGGUGGAGGUUUGACUGAAUUUUAACCUUUGACUUUUGCCCCUGGACUUCAAUCUCUGAGCUGCACCUUGAUUUAUGCCACUCUGACAGGGGGGCCGACGUGGCUGUGUGAGGGCCCUCCUGUGCAUCUUUAUUAAUAGCACUUGAACAUACAUAAUGGAACGUUCUAAUUAUAAUCAAUAUUAAAUAUUUUAUCACAAGAUUGAAUAAUCAGUGUUUAUCGUUGUUAUUGACAGACUCAUACACUAUAUUUGUUUUGUUUUACCUGAAAUGAUAAUUAUUCAAAUUGAAUGUAAAUAGGUAUGUCAUUUUAUAAACCACACAGAAUUGCAAAAGUAUUAGUUCUAGUUUUGGACAGAUCUUUUUUUUUUUUUUUCUGUUUGUGUAAGUGAUUGUAUUUACAUUUGUGUUGAUCAGGUACGGAGACUUACUAUUGUAUCUGUUGUAACUACUAGACUGAGCCACAGGUAUUAUCAAAAAGCUAUAUUUCUUGUGUUCCCAGUUUUUGUUAUUUGUCUGUUUUGUCUGUGAAUGCCAGAGAGGCAGAAAUAACCACUGUAAUCAAAAAACCAAACCAAUAAAAUGAAUGUUGACUGUU